CACAGCCGGAAGUUACCUCUGAACUUAAUUGCUUCGGUGGAUUUGACAUCCAAGACGUGUCUUCUGCAAAUGCGACGAGAUGAAAGCUAACGUUGGCUAUCUUUUUAAAAUUACACUCGCUACGUUUCUGCUUCCUUAGUUAACUCUAGAGUCUUUUCCAGUUAGUGAAUUUGUACGUUAGUCUGGUAGAAACGCCUUUAAUUGUGACAGAGACUUCAACUGCAGUGAAAAUGGAUUGAUCCAUGCUGCUGAAGAAGCCAGGAAUGGAUUGAGCUGCGGAAGCUAGCGUUAGCCGGCUAGCCAUGGAGGGAGAUAGAGGAGCUCGUGACUUUGUCUUGUUAGCCUUUAAUCCGUAAAAUGAGUUGAUAUUAGUUAUUCACCGUCCAAAACUAUUAAGUCCACGCACGCAGUUCUUCUUAAAGUGCGCCAGUGCUAUGUUGCGCAUACGCCCUGAAUAUGUCAGCUGUCCUGCACAUACCGCAGAUACCCAGUUGGCUGUCAUUACAUAGAUCCCACUCUACUCUAAAGCAAGAUUUUUCACUUUUCAGCCAAACACACAGGCUAAACGGGUCCCUAAUAUACUAAACUCAAAUUGGAUUAUUUUAAAGAUUGAACUGUAGUUUUUAUCUGAAAGUCAAAGUCAGAGAGUUUCAGUUUUAUUUUGGUGUUGCAUAUUAGUAACUGCCACUUAAAAGAUUUAGAUUAAAUUUUGUAAGUUGCAGACAUCCUGCGGCCCAGUGUUGUCAGUUAGACUAGUAGGUGAUCCCUCCUCAGUUGUAUGGGAAACAGUGCUGGCUGUAGCAGGACUGUUGUAGGUCAACGAUGGGAGGUUCGGUGUCUUGCUGCAUCUCCCCUGGAGAGAGUCCCAAGAUCCACAGGAGAGAGGUGGAGCUGGAGGAGUGUCCCAUCACCACCACUGAGGACGUGAGUGAAGACACUGGGACUUACCUGCAGCACAUCAGCGACAGGGAGCUCCCCGACGAACUGGCCAACCCAUCAGACCACCCCAGAGCCAGCACCCUCUUCCUCAACAAGUCGCAGACAGACGUGCGUGAGAAAAGGAAAAGCAACUACAUGAACCAUCAAAUGUCCCCAGGGCUCCUGACAAAAAAGUACAGCUCCUGCUCAACAAUAUUCAUCGACGAUAGCACAGUCAGCCAGCCCAACCUCAAGAGCACGAUCAAAUGCGUCGCAUUGGCCAUAUACUAUCACAUAAAAAACAGAGAUUCAAACCGCUCGCUGGAUAUAUUCGACGAGAAGAAGCACCCUCUAACGCGAGAAAAGGUUCCAGAUGACUACUCUGUGGUAGACCCCGAACACAAACUCAUCUACCGCUUCAUACGAACGCUCUUCAGCUCCGCGCAGCUCACUGCUGAGUGCGCCAUCGUCACUCUGGUCUACCUGGAAAGGCUGUUGACAUACGCUGAGAUGGACAUCUGUCCGUGUAACUGGAAGCGAAUUGUUCUCGGUGCCAUCCUGCUGGCCUCCAAGGUCUGGGACGACCAGGCCGUGUGGAACGUCGACUACUGCCAGAUCCUCAAAGAUAUCACAGUGGAGGACAUGAAUGAGAUGGAGCGUCACUUCCUGGAGCUACUCCAGUUCAACAUCAACGUCCCAGCCAGCGUCUACGCCAAGUAUUACUUUGACCUGCGCUCACUGGCUGACGACAACAACCUCAAUUUCCCUCUGGAGCCGCUGAGCAACAAACGGGCCCAGAAACUGGAGGCCAUCUCCAGGCUGUGCGAGGACCAGUACAAGGACCUGAGUAAAGCUGCUGUGAAGAGGUCUGUCAGUGUAGACAACCUGGUUGGCGUCAAGACCUCGCAGGCUGUGCUGUCUUAAGUCUGCGACAGCCAUCUUUGAUCUGGCGAGGAGGUGGAGCAAUGGAGCUUAGUGUGAAGCUACAGGAUGUGAUGCUACAUUCAAUAAGUCAGACAGCAUUUGCCAAGAGACAUUUCCAAAGUAGAUUACAGUUAAAAUCAGUAACUGAAAAGUUCCAUUUGGGGAGGAACAAAAGACCAGAAGUUUACCAUACAAUAUUGCUAAAACAUAAUGAAUCCAGUCUGUAUGUGUUCAUUACAAAGAACUUAAGCUGUCUGCCUUUUUAAAGCAUGGUCAUUUGGUGAAAUAUUUUGCAGAUUGUCACAUUUUUUUCAAAUGGUGGAUGUGUAACUUCGGAAGAAAUCAGCAUGAAAAUGCUUCCUGAAGUCACACAAAUUGAAGACCUCAUUUUUUUUUAUUUUUACAUCACCCGAUCUUUUGGGGAGUCAUUUCUCUGGCUUUGGCCCUCUUCUCUCCACCAGCCGUGUCCCCUUUCCUUUAUUCACAUGACAGACUGUCUUGAACUACCCUGUGGUGUAGUUCUGCACAUGGACAAAGAGUAGACUUUGUUUUGCUUACUAUGUAGGCCCCUAUAGCUGUGAAAUGUACGAGACUUUAUUUAAUUCAAAUAAAUUUCAGUCACUGUUUAAAGUUGAGGCUGCUUAGGUGGGAAAA